CUGAAUUUGACUCGAAGAAAAUUCGAAUGGCUCCCACUUUUGCAUCGUCUGAUAAGGUUGUUAUUCCUGUCAUGGACAUGGUUGGUAGGAGGUUUUCUUGAAGAUGGCCCAGCCGCUGAUGUUGGCACGACUAGUUUUGUAUUUCUCCACGGACCUCGUGUCAACUAAAGAGGCCUACCUGCAGGCCGCCGGUCUCUCCUUGUCCUCCUUAGGUCUCGUAGUCUCCCACCACUUUUGCUUCUUCGGCUUCGGCCUGACGGGGAUGAGGCUCAGAACUGCCUGCUCAGCCCUCGUCUUCAGAAAGGCACUGAAGCUCAGCAACCUUGCUCUCGGUGAGACCACAAUCGGUCAGCUAGUGAACAUCCUCUCCAAUGACGUCAACAGAUUCGAUCCGGCCUUCAAGUUCAUACAUUACGUUUGGAUAGCACCAUUCCAGCUAAUUAUGGUGUUUGUCUUGUGCUGGCGAGAGAUCGGAGUUUCAUGCGUGGCAGGGAUCUCCAGCAUGAUAUUGAUGGCACCCCUUCAAGUUUACACGGGGAAACUAUUUUCCAAGUUGAGAUCUAAGACGGCCUUGUUGUCGGAUGCAAGACUACGCAUCAUGAAUGAAGUGAUCUCGGGGAUGCGUGUCAUCAAGAUCUACGCUUGGGAGCAAUCCUUUGGAAAACUAGUUACCGAAAGCCGAGGCAAGGAGAUACGCAAGAUACUGCACAGCUCUUACUUACGCGCGCUAAUCUUUUCCCUGUUGUUCAACGGUACCUUACUGACAACAAUGGCCACGUUCUUGGUCUACGCCUCGCUUGGCAAUCCUGUCACGGCCUCCAAGGUGUUCCCAGUGCUAUCGUUGUACUACAGCGCUCGAAUCUGCCUAUGCGUAUUCUUCCCGUUCGCCUUGAUGAACGGGGCGGAGGGACUCGUCUCUAUCCGUAGGAUUCAGAAAUUUCUGCUUAUGGAAGAGCUUGAGACACACCCAAAUAGACCAAAUACUGAUGUUAAUUACAAUGUUGGAGUGGUAAAGCCUGCGAUUCUGUUGGACGAGAUAACUGCAAAUGGCGUUGUUGCUCCGAGGGAAGCUAAUGAUGGGAGCCCCGCGGAAGAAAGGACGGACCCCUCACAACGCCUGGAAAAGGAAGCCCGAACAAACAGCACGAACUAUCUGAUCCAAUCCGAGGGAGAUGAGGAGGUUGGAGGUUAUGUUGGUCCUGCUGAGAUCGAGGAAGAUGACGAUCUUGACAAGCCUUUACCUUCCCUUGAUGGAGCAAAUGGGAAAGGAAUUGUUGUGAAAAAUGUGUAUGGAUCCUGGAACAAGGAUGUCAGCAACACCGUGCUCCAUGACAUCAGUUUUCGGGUUGAGCCAGGAGAGCUUCUCGCGGUGAUCGGUCCUGUUGGAUGUGGAAAGUCUUCCCUGUUGAUGGCCCUGCUGGGAGAGCUUCCGUCCGUAUCAGGAGUGAACGCCGUGACCGGUCGGGUUGGCUACACGGCUCAGCAACCCUGGAUCCUGUCUGGCUCACUCAGGGACAACAUCCUCUUUGGGAGUGUGUACGAGUCGCCAAAGUACCAGCGAGUCAUCAAGCAAUGUGCACUCACCAGGGAUAUUGACCUGCUACCACAUGGAGAUCAGACGCUGGUCGGCGAGCGUGGGGUGACCCUUAGCGGAGGUCAGAGGGCAAGGGUCAGCCUGGCUCGAGCCAUGUACAGUGAAGCCGAUGUGUAUCUGCUAGAUGAUCCCCUGAGUGCAGUGGAUCCAGCAGUCGGGAGGCACCUUUUUGAAAAGUGCCUCUUUCAUCAAAUGAGGGACAAGGUGCGGAUCCUGGUAACUCAUCAUCUGCAGUUCCUGGACAAGGCUGAUAAGAUUCUCAUCCUGAAACAGGGACGUGUAGCCGGCUAUGGGACCUACCAAGUGCUGCAGGAGGAAGGCGUGGACUUUGCCGCCCUCCUGAAGAAGAAAUCUGACGACGGUGACGACAUUGGAGAAACGGAGCAGGUCCUCGAACCGAAGACGCGCGAAAAGCAAACAUCAACAUGCUCAAAUGCUUUGUUUUGUCCAGACCAAGAUGAGGCAGAGACACCUGUGGACAUCACUCCGGAAGAGAUGGCAGUGGGUACCGUCAACUGGAAGGUGUACAUCCGGUUCUUUCGGGCUGAGGCGGGAUUCGUCUUUCUGCUUACCCUUAUGGUCGUUGUGGUCGGUGCACAGGCUGCGCUGAAUUUCACGGACAUCUGGCUGGCCACGUGGACUGACGAGGAAGAGGAGGAUGUAGCGGCCAGGAAUCAGAUUUCGCAUUACCUACAGGACAAUCACAAUGGUACCAAGCACGACAAGCUGCACUAUGCCAGAAUUUACGCCAUGCUGUGUGGAGGAUCCACGCUCGUCUUGUUUGUCCGGAGCCUUCUGUUCUUCCAUCUGUUCGUGACGUCCUCCAGGGCUCUUCACAACCAAAUGUUUGCCUCUAUAAUCAGAGCACCCAUGCAGUUCUUUGAUAGAAAUCCAGGAGGUCGGAUUCUGAAUCGUUUUGCCAAGGAUAUCGGCUUUAUGGACGAUGUUUUGCCAGGAACGUUCACAGACUUUCUGCAGAUUACCUUGAAUACCAUCGCCAUUAUCAUCUUGAUUUCCAUCUUCAAUCCAUUUUGCCUCGCUUUCACCCUCCCCAUCACAAUCGUGUUAUUCCUCACAAAAAGAUACUACUUAGCCUCCUCUCGAGACGUCAGGAGAUUAGAGGGAAUAGCUCGCAGCCCCGUGUUUUCUCACUUGUCGGCUGCUCUGACUGGUCUGAGCACAGUCCGGGCGUUCAGGGCCGAGCGGCGUUUCACCGCAGAGUUCGACGGGUACCUGGACGGCCACACCCGGGCCUGGUUCCUCUUCCUGGCCACAUCUCACUGGUUUGGAGUGCAGCUGGAUUUCUUUAGCACCUUGUUCAUUUGUGGAGUUAGCUUCACAAGCGUCAUGGCUGCUGGCCUUCUUAAUCUGAACUCUGGCAUUGUCGGCCUGUCGCUGACGUACGCCAUCAGCCUCAUGGGGGCGUUCCAGUGGGCGGUUCGACAGUGGGCGGAGUUAGAAAAUCAGAUGACAUCUGUGGAGCGUGUGUGUCAAUACAUCGAUAUCAAGCCUGAGGCUCCAUUGGAGACCGACCAUAAACCGCCUCCUGACUGGCCACGAGAUGGAUGCAUCACGCUUCAAGAUACCUCCCUCAGAUACACCGAUGACGGGCCUCGGGUGCUGCAAAACAUCAGCUGCUCCAUCAAGCCGAAGGAAAAGGUCGGCAUCGUGGGCAGGACUGGGGCAGGCAAAAGCUCCCUCAUGACGGUGUUGAUGCGACUGGCCGAACCCACGGGCGCCAUCAUGAUAGACGGUAUCAACACGACUCUGAUAGGGCUGCACGACCUCCGCAAGAAGGUCUCCUUCAUCCCACAGGAUCCAGUCCUGUUCAGCGGAACACUGCGGAAGAACCUGGAUCCAUUGAAUGAGCACGUUGAUUGUGAUAUAUGGAGAGCCAUUGAAGAGGUGGAGUUGAAGCCGGCAGUGGAAAAACUUCCCGACAAGCUAGAGGCAGUCCUGACAGAGGGAGGCACCAACUUCAGUGUGGGUCAGAGACAGCUGCUGUGCCUGGCCAGGGCCAUCCUACGUCAGAACAAGAUCCUGAUAGUGGACGAAGCCACGGCCAACGUGGACGUCAGAACUGACCAGUUGAUUCAAGUGACUAUCCGACAGAGAUUCAAGCACUGCACGGUCCUGACCAUAGCUCACCGCCUCAACACCAUCAUGGACUCCGACAAGGUCAUGGUACUUGACGCUGGGCGGCUGAUCGAGUUCGAGGAGCCUUACGUUCUGCUCAAGAAGGAAGACAGUGCCUUCACCAGGAUGGUCCAGGAGACAGGGAAGGCUGAGACGGCCAAACUCCUCCAGAUCGCCGCUGACAAGCACUUGGAGAAAGCUGCCCACGACCGUGAGGACGUCAAUGCAUCGGUGUGUCAUUAAUAUGGAAAAAAACUGGAUGGCCCAGUUUGACGAUAAUCAUUCACAAGUUAGAUGCGGCAAAUCACGCAUAAUUGAAAUUGUACCCAUUUACUGACCGACGGAUACCGUAAGAUAUGUUGUUCUGACUGAGUCGAAUGUGUAUUAAAACACCUUGUCCUAUUUAUUACUGAG